GAAGGGACUGAGUACUUGACUGCGCGAGUUGGUCAGGUCUUCUAUGUGGUGGAACUGGACAAGGAUGGAUCCGGCUGGACUCCGGUCGUGAGCGAGGACGGCAGCCAACACGGCUUUGUGCCCACCGCCUACAUGGACAUCCAACCCUACGAGUAG